AUGACACCUACACUUUGGAAAUUCACACAAGAACUAGCUAGUUUGAACAAAAUUAAUGAUAUAGACAAGGAAUGGAUCAUUGAUGAAAUAAGCAUAAGUGAAUCAUUUUUUAGUUUAAAAGAGCAUGCUAUAUCUAUGGCAAAUGAACAUAAACUUACCUAUUCAAACCAUCCGGGUGAAAUGCUGGCAUUGAACUCCAUACUUCUCUUGGAAGAGAAUUCUAUUCAUGCAAAGUUGAACAUUCCUUCAGACAUUCGGAGAAAGGUCUUCAAACAAAUGAAGGAUAUGUACUCAAAACAUGAUCUACCAAAUGUAGUUAGUGAAUUAUGUCAUCAGUGUGCAAAAAUUGCAAGAGAAGAAACUCGAAUGAAUUUAGAAGAUUCUAUUGAAGUUGUUUAUGAUAAUUUAAGAAAAAUUCUAUUGAUAAGCAUUUGCUCAGGACUUGCCAGAAAGUUUGGGGACAUGUGUAAGUAUACUCCUUGUUUUCUAUUUGAACAUAUAUUUCUCAAAUUAAAUACCAAUUCUACACUCAAAUACAUCAAAUUUAAUAGUGUUGGAAAUUUGUGUACAACUUUUGAUGACCCAUUAACAAUUGAAGAUACUUAUUUACACCAUCUGAUACAUCCUAUCUUGGCUAAUAAGAUGUCACUAGCAAGUGCAUCUAGAAAAAUAGAUUCUGAUGGUGAAGGUCAUCGACCUGAUUUUAUGCUCACUAUUGAUCUUAAUGGAUAUAACAAAUUUGAAAUCUUGUUUGGUCUUUUCAAAUCACCUAGCAAAGGCAAUUCACAAUUGGUAAAUGUUGACUUGGUUGAUUUGGGAGUUCUCAUGAAAGACUCACUUGAUGAUAUCUAUGGCAAAGGAGUUGAAUUGGAAAUGGUUGUCUUUGGAAUUCACUCAUUUGGUUAUAAUAUUAGAAUUUAUGCAAUGGAUCUGUCAUAUGAUGGUGUGUACAGGAUGUUUUUAUUGGGUGAAUUUGAAUUGCCAAGGAGCAAUCUUAGUCUUUGUUUGGUAGAAGUCAUCUUAUAUGAAAUUGUAAAUUUAAAGAAGAAUUUAUUGAGAGGCUUUCACCCUAUGUAUCCAACCAUCACUAAUAAUAAUGAGAAAACUCCAUCAAAAAAGAUUAUGAUGAUGAGAAAGACAUUAGCAACUCCUCAAAAGGUUAAUGUUAAUAAUAUAAAAUAA